UACGAUCGCGGCCGGAGGCGGCCCCUCUCCGCCCCUCCCCGCCCUGUUAAACAGCCUGGUCCCGCCGGCAGCCCGCUCUCCGCUCCUCUCGCCCCGGCGCCGAGGGCCAGCAAGCCCCUGCCUCACCGCCUCGGGGCCGGGGCCGGCUCCGGCUCCCCGCGGCUGGGCGAUGGUGCCGGCGCCAGGGAGUGCCCUGCUCGCCGCCCUCCUCGCCUCCUCUCUGGUCGCCGCGGGCAGCUCAACAGCUCAUGGGCAACUGGUGGCUGUGAGCCAGCCUGGCGUGUGUCGCUAUGGUUCCAGGUUGGAUUGCUGCUAUGGCUGGAAAAAGAACAACAAAGGCCAUUGCGAAGCUAUCUGUGGACAUGGCUGCAAGUACGGCGAGUGCAUAGGACCAAACAAAUGUAAAUGUUUCCUUGGAUUUACCGGGAAAGCCUGUAAUCAAGAUCUGAAUGAAUGCGGACUGAAACCACGUCCCUGUGAACACAGAUGUAUGAAUACACAUGGCAGCUAUAAGUGCUAUUGUCUCAACGGGUACAUGCUUAUGCCAGAUGGCACAUGUGCAAGUUCUAGGACAUGUGCCAUGGUGAACUGCCAAUAUGGAUGUGAAGAAGUCAAAGGAGAGGUGCAGUGUCUUUGUCCAUCGAGUGGCCUUCAGCUAGGACCAAACGGAAGGACCUGCAUUGACAUAGAUGAAUGCUCCACUGGCAAAGCUGUCUGCUCUCGCAACCGCAGAUGCAUCAACACGUUUGGAAGCUACUACUGCAAGUGCCAGCUUGGUUAUGAACUGAAAUAUGUCAGCGGCCGUUAUGACUGUGUAGAUGUAAAUGAAUGUGUGGCAAAUACACACAGGUGUAACCUCCAUGCAGAGUGCCUCAAUACCGAAGGAUCCUUCAAAUGCAAAUGUAAACAGGGCUACCGAGGAAGUGGAUUUGAUUGUGCUGUUAUCCCUGAAAAGUCAGCGAAGGAAAUUGCAAGAAUCCCUGGAACAGCUAAGGACACAAUUAAGAAACUCCUUGCACAUAAAAACGGUGUGAAAAAGCAGGAAACAAUCAAGAAUGCAAUCCCAGAAGCAGCCGUGACACCGUCUUCUAAGACACAGUUGCAGUUACUGGACUAUAAAGGUGGCGUUGAUCUUGGUGGGAGCUACAGUGAGGAGGAGAAACAAACUGAAGCUACUGAAGAAAAGGAGGCAGAAGAGUCAGAUGAAGAGGAAAAUGAAGAUUUUGAGAAUCAGAUCGACCAUGAGCAAAGACUUAGAGGAGAUGUCUUUUUUCCCAAGGUGAAAGAAGCAACUGCCUUUGGCCCUCUCCCUGCACAGAGGAAAGCUCCAAUGUCAAGACCAGAGCAAGAAGUUGAUUGUAGCUUCAGUCGAGGAGUCUGUGACUGGAAACAAGAUGCUGAUGAUGACUUUGACUGGAAUCCUGCUGAUAGAGAUAAAGGCGAUGGGUACUACAUGGCAGUUCCAGCUUUUGUGGGGCACAAGAAGGAUAUGGGGCGUCUAAACCUUCUCCUCACCAACCUGAAACCAAAGAGCAGCUACUGCCUGAUUUUCAGCUAUCGGCUUGCUGGUGAGAGAGUGGGGAAACUUCGAGUGUUCCUGGCAAACAAGAAACCUGCUCCUGUCUGGGAGGAGAACAAAGGAAAAGAUGAAAAAUGGAGAACUGGAAAAGUAGAGAUAUUUCAGGGGGCUGAAACCACCAAUAGUGUCACUUUUGAAUCAGAACGUGGGAAGGGCAAAACUGGAGAAAUUGGAGUGGACAAUGUUAUACUAAUUUCUGGUCUAUGCCCAGAAGAUACCUGAUAAUGGAUAUUUGACUGUACUGGAUUUAAUACUAUUUUUAAUAUUUGCCUUACUAGUAGUGUAUUUUUGUAUCAUUUUGUUCUUUAUAAAAAAAAAACAACAACAACAAAAAAAAAACAUAAAAACUGUGCAUUGAACUUAAUGCACCAAUGCAAACAGAAAAACUGACAUGUGCAAGAUGCAGAGUACACUUUUGUAGGAGUUAUUCUAAUACACGCUUUGAGGGUACCACUACAGUAUUUUAUCAUUGAAGGUCAGGGUUUCUAAAGUGUUGUCUAGCUUUUUUUACGAAAUUGACAUGCUUUGAUUUC